GUCGGCGCGAUCCUGUGCGGCAUCUUCCUAACCGUCUCGCGCUCCCUCCCCGCUCUCCUCUCGCGCUAGGAAAAAGAAAACGCGCUCGACGUAACGGCGAAAUAUGUCCGGACGCGGUAAAGGCGGUAAGACCAAGGGGAAGGCGAAGACCCGCAGCAGCAGGGCCGACCUGCAGUUCCCCGUGGGCAGGAUUCACCGUCUUCUGAGGAAAGGCAAUUACGCUGAGCGCGUACAUCAUUGUGUGCACCGUGUACAUUUAUUAUACACGAUUACACGUUUGCACAUAUCACACAUACGGGUAUUCGAAUACACGUGUCACAUACACGACUACACAUGUACACGUGUCACAUACAUACACGGAUCCAAUCGUAAGCUCUGGUCCGGAGUGACCAUUGCUCAAGGCGGAGUCCUGCCCAACAUUAAAGCGGUCUUGCUGCCAAAAAAGACCGGCACCAGCGGCUCCGGCAAGGGCGACAAGGCGUCGCAGGAAUAUUAGACUGUUGCACGUUUAUAAUUUCUAACCGUUUGGUUGUUUAUAAUUUGAACCGUUUUGUAACCUUUUGUAUACUUUCAACAGUCCUCGUUUUUCGUGAAACGGGUACGGGAGGAACAGAUGCCCCGGCGACGUCCUGUGUGCGACAGGAUUAGAUUUACAUUGGUUCUUGAGAUAGAGAAAAAAUAUAGAGAUCGAUAGCGGAC